CAUAUCGUACGGGCCUGGAAGGGACAACAAUAUGCCUCCUUGCUCGUGUCCAUCCUUGGGCGUCGUCCUUACCGCUGUUCUUGUCGUCGCCUUAGCCGUAUCGGCACGCGCAUCGGGGGCAACGGAUAUGCCGCAGCCUGCGGCGGCGCCGGCGGCAGGCAGCAGGUUCCUCCAUGCGUGCUGCACCAACACGACAAACGCGUCCGUCUGCUACGACUCCCUCCUCCCGAGCGCGGGAUCCUUCCACGGCAACCGCGUCAGGGUCGCCCUUACCUCCUCCACCAUCGCGUACGCUCGGCUCCGCACCUUCGUCUCUCGUCUCCGCCGCCUCCAGCAGCACGGGGGCACCGGCUCCGGGAGAAUGGCGGACAUGUCGCUGCAGGCUUGCCUGACAUUCGCCAAUGCAGAUCUCCACCAAGAGGACGCGGCGCUGCCCGCGCUCCGGCGGCUGCUGACGGCCGCCGGCAGGAGAAGGGAGCGCGCCAAGUUUGAUUUGGAUACUGCGAGUGUAUACGUCGGCGGGAUAGAGCAUGACGCCACUCUGUGCAUGGAUGAUUUCGGGAGCACGGGCAACGCAACACUCGUGUCGCCGGGAGGCAACAAGAUGCUCGCUUGGGCAGCAGACGUGCAGCUUUACUCAGGAAUUGCACUGGACCUUAUUGCUUCCAUUAACUUGGAAAUGUAACACAAUUACAUUUAUGCACCCUGAAAUUUGAAUAAUCGAUCUCCAGUU